GCAGCAGCAUGUUUACUUGCUUUGUCAGCGGUGACACCCGAGCAUAAUCUCAGGCGCUUCACCUGCGGCGGACCAGGACCCCGGACUUUGACCGGAGAAACCUUCGUCUUAUCAUCCGUUUCCUCUGUCGCAGCAGUUUCUCGCCCUGCCUCUUGCGGACCUUGAGCGGGGGCACGUCGGGUUCAACGGGAGAACGAUGACGCUGAAGUCCAAUAAAAACGAACCCUCCGUGGUGCUGGAGUCCGUGUGCAGCGUCCGCUCAGCCCUCUCGGACCUCUACCUGGAACAGCUUCUCCAAAACAAACCAAAGUCAGACACGGCUGCUAUGCAAACUUACGACAAUAAAGGAGCUGAUGUCUACACCAAUGGCAGUGCAGCUUACAUGAACGGCACAGGCAUGACCAAGAUGAGAGAAGUGGUGUUUGAGAAAAACCCCUCUGAACCGAUGGGUGUCACUCUGAAACUGAACGACAAACAACGCUGCACAGUCGCCAGGAUAUUGCAUGGGGGUCUGAUUCACAGACAAGGGUCUUUACAUGAAGGGGAUGAAAUAGCAGAAAUUAAUGGAAAAAGUGUAACAAACCACACUGUGGAUCAGCUCCAAAAGAUUCUGAAAGAAACCAAUGGUGUGGUCACCAUGAAGAUCAUUUCUAACCAGCAGAGUCGAUCCAAAACCUGUGAGAUGUACAUGAGGGCUCAGUUUGACUACGACCCCAUGAAGGACGAUCUCAUCCCAUGCAAAGAGGCUGGGUUGAAGUUCCAAACUGGCGACAUAAUAAAGAUCAUAAACAAACAGGAUCCAAACUGGUGGCAGGGACAAGUGGAGAGCAGCGCUGCCGACUUCGCAGGGCUCAUUCCCUCGCCAGAGCUCCAGGAAUGGAGGGUGGCGAGUAAGAGCAAGACCAGAGAGGGCAGCCAGUCCUGCAGCCCGUUUGGCAAGAAGAAAAAGUGCAAAGACAAGUAUCUGGCGAAACACAGCUCUGUGUUCGACCAGCUGGACGUGAUUUCUUAUGAGGAAGUGGUGCGCCUUCCAGCUUUUAACCGGAAAACACUAGUGCUCAUCGGUGCACAUGGUGUAGGAAGGAGCCAUAUCAAAAAUGCAUUGUUGACCAAAUACCCGGAGAAGUUUGCCUACCCACUACCACACACCACCAGACCCCAGCGUAAAGACGAGGAGAGCGGACAGGAAUAUUUCUUUAUCUCCAACGAGGACAUGACCCAGUGCAUCACUGGCAACAAGCUCCUGGAGUACGGAAGCUUCCAGGGUCACAUGUUUGGAACCAAAAUCGAGACCAUCCAGAAGAUCCACGAGCAGGGAAAGAUAUCGGUGCUGGAUAUUGAACCACAGACUCUGAAGGUGCUGCGGACGGCUGAAUUUGCACCUCUUGUGGUCUUCAUUGCUCCUACCGACACGGCUCCCCAGACGGAAAACUUAAAGAUGAUUCAGAAAGAAUCGGAGGCCAUUCUGAGCACGUAUAGACAUUUCUUUGAUGUGACUCUGGUCAACAACGACGUGGAUGAAAGUGUCAAAGGUGUGGAGGAGGCGAUGGAGCAGGCCAGCUCCACCCCUCAGUGGGUGCCUGUCUCGUGGGUGUACUGACGGAUUACUGAGGUCCGGCGCCAGUGAAAUGCUUGUUUUUAUAUUGAAAAAAAAGACGUGCAAUAUCACCGCGAGAUCUUCUAAGUAAAUGAUGUCCAUGUGUGGAAGUUUUUUGUCACUGAGAUUGUUUGCACACUCACACACACACCUCUCUCAUUUCUGUGGUUCAAGCCUUUAAGUGGCAGAGAUCUUUUCAGGUGCCACACCUUUGUGAUUGUUGAAUGCAACAGGACCAGAACUGUGAAUGGAACUGUCAUUUUUAGUAACAUGAAUUAGCUGCAUCUUUCCUUGUAGUUUCCUUUCUUCUGUUUUUAGAUUAAGCCAUGAGAUAAAGAUUUCGAGACCUUCUGUUCAAACGGUGUGCUCCACCCAAUCAUGCUCCUGCAGCAGCAAACGUCUCACUUGACCCAUCUCAAAUUGUAUACCUCAUGGGAUACUGUAAAAGCACUUUGAAGGAAAAAUAAAUUUCUGUUCUGUUUCAAA